UUUUUUUUUAAAAGACGUGCACUAUGUAUAACAACAAUAACCGAGGAUCAAGAGGAGGAAGAGGUCGUGGACGUGGUGGCCACCGAGGAGGUUAUAAUAACCACCAAGAUCAAGACUAUAACGACGCGAAUAAUAAUCCAGGCAAUGUCACUAUUACUGCUCGACUUGGACCUAUGGGCGGUAGAGCCUUUUCCUCUAACAAUUACAAUGGAGGCAGUGGAAGUGGAAGAAACAAUCGUUCUCGAGGAAACACAGAACAGUUUAACAGCGCGUUUUCUAGUGAAGAUACAGCCAUGAGUGUGGAGCAAGAAGGUGGAAAUGUUGUAACAGUGAGUGGAUAUCCAGCUGGUGCAGAAGAAAAAGUCGUUGGCUUUUUAAAGCGUAAAGCAAAAGGAGAUUGGGAAGCCCUUAAUAUCCAAUAUGAACACAAUGCAAUGCAUAUUACUGUCAUGAAUCAAAAUAUGGUUGAUACUCUUUGUCGAAUGAACAAUUAUGAAUUUGGAAAGGCUACUAUACACAUUAAACCACAAAACGGUAGCGAGAGACAAUAUAAUCACAGCAAUAACAUGAAUAGAGGAAAUACAAAUAACAACAAUAAUAGAAGUAGACCUUCUUCUUCUGGAUCAGCUUUCUUGGCUGAUUUCUUGACAAAACGAUGGAAUGCUCAAGCAGGUUUCUUGGAUAUGGAUGAAUUACCAGACACUUCACAUAAUAUUGCAGUUGUGAUUUCUAAAUUACUGAUUGAAGCAAAGAAUUUAUUUGGUGAUACUCUUGUUACUAUUUCCUUUGCUCGCAAUAAGCUUUGGUCUGUUGCACCAUUAACUAAAUUAGCAGAACAAUUCCCGAAUAUUCAAAACUUGUCUAUUGCCGACAAUGAUAUUGCAGAUUUCCGCAAAUUAGAUCCUUUAGCCAACAAGCUUCCUCGUUUACAAGAACUCGUAUUAUCCGGCAAUCCCAUUCAAACCAACCAACGAUACAAGCAAGAAGUCCUGAAUCGAUUCCCCACAAUCACAUUUCUCGAUAUGCAGCCUAUCAACGAAGGCACUCAACUAGGCACCAAUAUCUCUUCUGAAUUACCAGUACCAGUACAACCUUACUUUUUCGAUCAAGACAGUUCUCGCCAAUCUGCACAAGAAUUUCUCUCUAUCUAUUUUCCAUCGUUUGAUUCCAACCGUGCUGCUCUUGUCGAUCUAUAUGACGCUCAAGCCGUGUUUUCUUCUGUUUUCAGUAAAGGAAAUAUUCAACAAACCAAUGCUUGGGGAAGUAGUCAAGUUCCAUUGGGCCAAAGAAUGAUGAUGGGUAAUCAAAACAUCGUCCAUCGUAUCAGUCAAUUACCACACACUGCGCAUGAUUUGUCAAGACCAGAUAAAUUUGUGAUAGAUGCAUGGCAAACAAGUUAUUCAGAAACACAUCCUGUAGUAUUGUUCUUGACUGUGCAUGGUGAAUUGGCUGAGUUGCCUUUAGGUACACCUUUAAAGUUUAGUCGUACUUUCUUAUUGGUGCCUUCAAGCCCUGGAUCAAGUGCUCAUUCAGCUGGAUAUCAUUUUGUGAUCUUGUCAGACUCGCUCAUGAUUCGAAAAUAAGUUGCAAAUAAACAGUCUCAAAGGAAAAAAGUUACUCUUUUUCUUUUUCUUUG